AUGUCGUACCCUCGGGCUUUUCUCCUCCAGCCCUCCGUGUCCGUGUCUCUUCCUCCGGCUCCGUCCUUCAGCUCCGGCCUCCUCUUGGCCCCGAGGAGGUGCGAGGAGCUGCCUCGCUCCUCCUCGCACCUCCUCUUGGCCCCGAGGAGGUGCGAGGAGCUGCCUCGCUCCUCCUCGCACCUCCUCUUGGCCCCGAGGAGGUGCGAGGAGCUGCCUCGCUCCUCUUCGGGCUCCGCCUUCGCUCCGUACCCGGGACCAGCGACUUCUCCCGGCUUCAACCUGCACCUCCGGUCCGGGGGAGGAAGAGGAGCAGGAGGAAGAGGAGGAGGAGAGACGCUCCGCGCGUUCAUGAGUCCAGGGUUCGACCCCCCCUCAGGGAUCCCCCCCCCCUCAGACUACCACCCGUUCCCCUACUCUGACCCCGCCCACAGGAAGCACGCCACCCGGGACGCCACGGCCACGCUGAAGGCCUGGCUGCAGGAGCACCGGAGGAACCCGUACCCCACCAAGGGCGAGAAGGUCCUGCUGGCCAUCGUCACCAGGAUGAGCCUCACGCAGGUGUCCACCUGGUUCGCCAACGCCCGGCGGCGCCUGAAGAAGGAGAACAAGGUGACGUGGAGGUCCCGGACCCGGAGCGAGGACGAGGAGGAGGAGGAGGCUGGGGGCCGUCCCUCCUCGGGUCUGAUGUUCAGAGACAGAAGAAGCAGGGACGUGGAUCUGGACUUAAACGAGUCGGGGGGCCGGAGCCCCCCCACCCCCGGGCCCCCCCACACGCCUCCUCAGAACUCACCACUCGGGACGCAGAGGGUCUCCUUCGCCAGCGCCCAGGGGUCCCAGGGGUCCCAGGGGCCCGGCCCCGCCCCCAGCGUCCAGGGGCCCGCCCCCAAACCCAAACUGUGGUCGCUGGCUGAGAUCGCCACGUCGGACAAAACGAAAGGAUCCAGUGAAUGGUCUCAGCGCGGGGGGGGCGGGGGGGCCCUGUACCCCCCCAGCCCCUCCCUGCCCCAUCACCUCUACUACACCCCCCCCUUCAUGCCAGCGUUCCCUCCCUGCAGCCCCCCCCCGGGGCCCCUGCACAGCGGAUUAGAGCGGCAGCGAGCCGAGGGCGCCGCCCAACAUGUAGAGGCCACGCCUCUGCACUGA